AUGGACUGUUGUAGUAUAGGAAGUUGGAAUGUUAGGGGGUUGAAUAAAAAAGGAAAGCAAGAAGUUGUGCUGGAAUUUUGCAAUGUGAAUAAAAUUGGAAUUGGAGGGUUGUUAGAAACUAAGCUAAAAGGGAAUAAAGUUCAGGAGUUGAUGGACAAUAAAUUUACCAAUUGGGAGUUUCAUACCAGUCCUAUUGUUGAAGGUAGGCUGCUAAUCAAAUGGAGGAAAAGUUUUGUUAAGGUUGUGGUUAUUUCUGAAUCGACUCAACAUGUUCACUGUAUGGUUAAAAUGGCUGGACAAGCUGAUACUUUCAGUCUCACUUUUGUUUAUGGCCUAAAUUCCAUUGAGGACAGGAAGGUAUUGUGGUCUAAUUUGGGGCAUCUCAGUUUUCCAGUGCCUCCUUGGUUAAUCCUUGGGGAUUUUAACUCAGUAUUUUUUAGUGAUGACAGAAGUGGAGGGAAUCCUAUUUCACCAGCUGAGUUGUUUGAUUCUAAUAUGUGGUUCGACCAAUCUAAUGUUGUAGCUCUGAAAAGAAGUGGCUCGAAUUUCACUUGGACCAAUAACCAAGUUGGUUCUAGUCGCAUAUAUUCCAAGAUUGAUCAUGCCUUUGUUAAUGAGGAUUGGCAUGAUUCCUUUCCUAACACAGUAGCUCGAUUUAGUUGGGAAACAACAUCUGAUCACUGUUCUUGUGUAAUCUCAGCUUCAGCUACAGAGACUAUUGGGAUCAAACCUUUUAGGUUUUUCAACUUUUGGGCUGAACAUCAUGAUUUUAAACUCACUGUGGAGCAGAGUUGGAAGAGGCCUGUUUCGUCUCAAGGUCUUAAAGGAAUUCACAUAAAGCUUAUGAGAGUCAAACAUUGCCUCAAGAAGUUCAACCAUGAAGUGAUUGGUGAUAUUGGGAAAAGAUUUCAGGAUGCGAAAACUAGCUUAAGUGAGGCUAAACUUCAAGCUCAAGCUCAUCCUGAUGACACUAACUUUCAGGAGCUGGAAUCAGUUGCAGGUACUCAUUAUGAUAUGCAAGAGAAAAUGUAUCAUAAAUUUCUUAGUCAGAGAAGUAAAAUCACAUGGCUGAAAAAAGGAGACUCUAACACUUCUUAUUUCCAUGCAUUUUUAAAGAGAGAAGAAUGGAUAACAGAAUUGUCUCGUUUAUGA